AUAAGAAAUAGUUGAGCCUGAGAGUUGAUCUGAGAGGUGAGUUUCACAACCUGUUGCAUUCAUUUUAUUUUUUAUUUUGAUCAAGCUGAUUAUUUCAACUUGUGGAUGUUUCUCUUCUGUCAACAUGAGCCGGGGGAAAAGGCUCCUGCAGAACACGAAAUGUGCUCAGGACUGAACUUGUGAACCCUGAACAGGAUUUUAUCAGUAAGGAGCAACGUGAUUCCAACAAGACAGAAACAUCCAGACUUCUGGGUCCUGGGUAACUCUUACCAAUCAGGAAAAAGUGUCUUUUUUUUUUUGCCAGAAGGAUGAAUGAGGAAAUCAUUUUUAGAUUUGAGGAUGAUGUGAGUUGGCCUUGGAUGGUCUCAUCAUCACACAACUGCAGUCACUAGUGGGAACUUUGAGAGGAGCAACUUUUCCCCCGGAGACACACCAGACUGCAGUUAUGUCAAACUCCAAGGAGCAGAGCCUCGAUGAGAACGUAAUAUUCCUGGAGGUCACCGAGUCUUCUCCAGAGUUCCUCUACAGCGAGAGGGAGCGUCAGGCGGUGGAGAGGCUCCUGAGCGCAGGACCGGAGACCUUCUACAGCUCCAUCGGCACAGAGCGCUCCGGCUGUUUCCUGUCGACCGAGGAGGUCAGACAGAUAGGCAGCUGGGCUCAGGACUAUCACUUCAACCAGGUGCAGUUGGAAGAGGAUGGAUGGGAAGGCAGCUCACAGAUGGAGGACUUCUGCUCCACCUACUUCCCUUGCAACUCAGACACACCGGCCCCCGGCCUUGACCUGGGCUGGCCUGAGAAGGGGCCCUGGCUGACGAUGGGGAGCAUCACAGUCCACACCAGCCCACCCGCUGAGGGAGAACCCCCCGUCAGAGAGAUAAUACGACAGCACUUGCAAAGGGCCACCCAAGUAAUUGCCAUUGUGACAGACAGAUUAACAGAUGGUGCAAUAAUUGGUGAUUUACACAACGCUGCCUCCCGGGCCGUCCCUGUCUAUAUCAUCCUGAACCAGAGAUCCAUUCAGAAGGAUUUCACGCUCAACAGGCUGCAGCAUCCGAACAUCCGAGUCCGUGUUCUUGGAGGGAAAGCCUUCUGUUCCAGGACGGGAAGGACGGUGGUCGGUGAGAUGAAAGACAAAUUCCUUCUGGUGGAUUUGGAGACAGUGAUUCAUGGCAGCUACAGCCUCACGUGGACCGACGCUCACCUGCACCGGCAGCUGAUCACCGUCCUGCACGGCCCAGCCGUGGACUCGUUUGACCAGGAGUUCAGGAUCCUUUUUGCUGCUUCGCUUCCAGUCGCAGACACAUCGAGAGUCACAGGAUCCCACAUACCUGUGACUCAAAAGCUAAAAGACUUUUCAGAUCUCCGCUUCCAAAAACCGCUCUCAUUUGACCCUGACAUUAUCAACCCUCCAUCUCCACCUGCUGAUUCUCUCUUGGACUGGGAAGCCAUGGGCGUUGUCCAGAGAGAGAGCUGUUUUCCUGAGAGUCCUAUUGAUCAACAUGAGGAAAUAUCACAGAGGAAUAACAUGCUGUUAAAUAAAAAUGCACCCUUUAUGGAUGAUUUUACCAACAGUGGAAACAAUUUUUGGGAUAAAAAAAGGGUUCACGUUAACACCUCUCCAGUGAUAAGCCAUGUGUCAGAUAAAUCAACAAUACUGAACAAUAUAAAGCCGUCAUCAACCGAUCUAACCCCAGAGAGAAUGAAGAGGGUGGAACGCAUUGUAGAAAAAACAAUUUCCAGGCAACUCUCCACAGAGAAGAGAACCACUUUAGAUGACAGAAUGACAACAAGAGCUGGUGAUAAAACAACAGAACCGACGCACAGGAUGCUACUUUCAUCUUAUAAGAGAAGAGAGACAUCGAGGGAGGCUCUCUGUGUGGAGGACGAGAGCAGCAUGGAUGAAACCGGCUCCAAAGUGGAGAACACACCAUCUUGUAGAAAACCCUUAAUCCUGAGGGUGCCACAGUCUGAGAGCUCCAGCUCUCUAAGCGACAUCAUGAAGAGGAUUCAGCCUCAGCAAAGCACUUCAUGGCUGCUCAAGAAAGGAUCCAACACCGCUGUGUCGGAAUUGAGCCAAUCCAUGAAGGACCUGAGCGUACACAGAAAGGACACAGGUCCAGACGGGAGAGGAGACCCAGUGCCAAGGUUCAAAACCAGUUGCCUUGAGUCCGAUUUCAUGACGCCUGCUUUCACUCUGAUGAAGAAGAGGAACGAUGACUUGAAAUCUGCAUUGAACAGAACUCCAACAAACUUUCUGCCCAGAGAGAGGCCUCGCAGCUUUGGUUAUGGUCUGAAUAUGGACUGGAGGAGGUCGCUGGCAGAGAGGGAAUUAGGGGACCAAGAAUGAGAACAAAAAUACAAGAGCAACAACAACUUCUGUACCUGACGACAGGCGGCAGCCAGUGGAUGGUUUUGACUAUUUGCAGUGUUAAUUACCCCAAAUCAGCCAUACUGUUACUAUGCAGGAUGUGUUACAGUUUUAAAUGUUGAUGUGACAUCCCACUGAAUCUGAUUAUGAGAAGCUUCACUGUAUGCAGUGCUGUACUGUAGUUUCCUUCAUGUCUAAAUAAAUAAAACGGUUUUGUUUGAGCAGCUCA